AUGGAUGACGCAGAGGCGCUUCCUUGUGACCAUGCCGUCAAAGAAAGGGCGAUGUCUGUGGACCACCGCGAGGUGAAGCUGCUCUGCCCAUCAUUCUUCGCAAAAGCUGGCGCCUCGGACUGGGAUGAAGAUGACGGUAUCUCCAAGCUUAGCCGCUCUGUCUUGCUGGUCACGGACCCUGAAGGCCUGGCGGAGGAGGACACCACACGGGAGACCACCGUCCCAGAUCCCACAGAGACGGACGAUGCUCUGUGCGCCAUGCUCCAAAACUCUGACACACUACUGUCGGUGCUGGAGCUAAAUCAAGAUCAGCUUCUCGCGAGUCGCUGGAGGCGUGCUGCCUUCAAUGCAGUGCGGACGCUCGCGCGAGCUUCGCCUGCGCUGGUAAUCUACGGUGGCACAAUCAGUUUGCUGGUUUGCGCCGUUUGCCACUAUCGCUGGGGGGUGCUUCUAGCCCUGACGCUGUUCACCUUCUACAUGCUUCACCUGUGCAUCACAUUUCUGAUUUUCGCCACUGUUGGCCUGAUGAGGGUUCUCCGUGACGGCAGCGAGGAUUGGGCCGCGCGAGCAGCGCGAGCGGAGGCUGCGCGAGGUCCAGAAGAAGACGAGGAGGACAUCACAGCGCGCGAUGUGCUACACGUGGUUAUGCUUCCGACUUUCCGCACUCCUCUGACAGUACUGCAGCACACGUUGACCUCCUUGGCUCAGUACAACCAGGCGAAGGAGCAGUUGGCCGUUUGCUUGGCGUUCGAGGAGCGAGAGGAUGAGGCGCAGGAGAAGGAAAAGGCUUUGAGGCAGAUGUUCUCUGACACGUUCCGCUUCAUCCACGCAACGUACCAUCCGUCCAACCUCCCGAACCACCUACCUGGAAAGUCUUCCAACGAGUGCUGGGCUUUCCUGCAGCUGUGUCGAGAACUUGAGGAGGCGCACCAGGUCGUGCCAGAGGACCCCAGAGUGAUCCUCACGGUGAUCGAUGACGACUCGGACAUGCAUGACAAGUACUUCGAGGCUCUGACAUACCACUUCGUGGCAGCGGGGCCCAGCAGAAGGUAUCUGAACAUGUGGCAGCCCCCCAUCUGCCACUUCAAAAACUUCCUGAGGCAGCCUCUGCUCGUUCGAAUUUCUUCGCUGUUUUCCACUCUGAAUGAGUUAUCUUGUCUAGCGAACCCCUGGGAUUGCCACGUACCGUACUCCAGCUACUCGAUCAGCUUUGCUCUAGCUUCAGCGGUGGGCGGCUGGGAUCCGGAAUACUUGGCCGAGGACUGGCACAUGUUUGCCAAGUGCUGCUUGAAGACCCAGGGAAGGGCAAAGUGUAUUCCGAUCUUCCUUCCUGUGCUAAACUACACACCGGAAGAAGACACGUAUUGCUCGACUCUCUGGAGCCGAUGGGCACAGGCAAAACGGCAUGCCCUGGGAGUCAGUGAAGUCGUUUACGUGCUCUCCUUCUCCUUCCUGGCCCUGCUGGAACUUCGAUCCUGCAGGCAAUCCUUGGUCUUCAUGUGGCGGCUGCUGCCACUGCUGGCCAAGUUCGUCCAGACGCACUUCGUGAACGGCGUUGCGGCCGUGUGGAACGUGAUGGCACAGGUUGUCAUCCACUUCUACCUGUUCGGGUCCUGGUGCGAUAUGCAUCACCUCGCUUCGCCCCAGACGUGCCCCUUUGGUUCCUGGAGUGCGAUGGACAUCACACAGGAACAAAUACUCCGGAAUAGCUUCCUUGUCUUCCUGCAGCAACGCGGGACGGCUCUCAUGGCGUGCGCCAGCAUCCUUUCCGGUGGCCUUGGGGCAAUUUACUUUCACAUGGUGAAGGACCGUGUGGAGGGCAACGUGGAUGAGCACUGGAAGAUGAGGAGCUUGCCGUUAAUGUGGCUGAUCAUCGAGCUGGAGGUCUCCUUCUGCGGCCUGGUUCAGUCCUUCAUUUUCGGAGCCCUUCCGCUUUGGAUUGCCUGCAUCCGCAUCAUUGCCAGUGUCAGGCCCGUGCUGACACGUGUGUGUUCCUCUGACUUGAUGGGGGAUCGAUUUCCGGUGGAAUUCAUGAGCGAGCGAUUUGUCGAGGGCAGGGUGUCCCCUGUUCGUUUGUUUCUCAACAACUGUGCUCCAACGACAGGACUUUGUGAGGAAGCAUGUUGCAUCGAAUCGGUCUCGGGCUAG